UUCUUCCACCAUGCUCGUUUUAGUGCGCAUGUCUGUCAAACCUGUAGGUGGCAGCAGUGCGCGUGACACGACUGAAAUUGGAGCAGACGAAGAAGAAGAGUAAGAAGAAACGUUCAACCCGGAAGAGAGCUCAAGCAGCGACAGCCUGUUCGGAGACAUGCAGAAAGCAGGAGGCAGCGCUGAUCAGCCUCAUCCUCUGUUUGGAGGAGCUCUAUCAGCCGUCAUCCCCCACAGCGCCGCGGACAUCAGCGAGCUGAGGGAAAUCCCGGACAACCAGGAAGUGUUUGCCCACGCCCACACCGACCAGAGCCUGAUCGUGGAGCUGGUGGAGUACCAGGCGCAGGUGGCGGACCAGGAUGCAGUCAGGUACCACUUUGAGGACAUCGCAGGCAGCAACAAAGCUCUGGAGCCUGGUACUUUUGAAGUGACCAGUGUUGUGGCUCUGCCAAAACCCGAGCUGUCUCUGUCAGAGUGCAGCUCUGCCUGGAUGCUGACCGGGACGCAGUGUGUGUCCAAGUUCAACGAAGAGGCCAGAAACACAGUGACCCUCCACCUGGGUCUGCUCCGCCUGCCACAGUUCUCCACAGACGUCUUGAUCACCUUUAAUGACCCACAGAGCAUCAGCCCCGACAGCAGCAGCGCCUCUGCAGUGGGGACACACAAACAGCCCUGGACGGUGCAGGAGUUUCAGCGAUUUUUACAGACUCUGACACUACACAACCCAGGACUGUUUGGUUAGAAUAACUGCAACUUUCUCAGUGUGGGACCUCACCUGUUCAUAGCCAGUCAUUAUCUAAGAUACAUGCAGUAAGGUUUGUUUUGUUGAGAAGAAUCAGGCCCUUAUAUUUUGAAGGAGUAGUGGUCCUGCUGCUGCAGUUACACACAGGAACAAAUGUUCUGCUUUGUUCUACCAAUUAAAAGGAACUAGAAAACCAGAUAUCAGGUAAUGUGAUCAUAGUUUUAUCUAGGGCUGAACGACUUGGGGAAAAUAUCUAAUUGUGAUUUUUGUGACCAAUAUUGCAGGUUGGUUUUCAAAAUACUUUCUAAGGUCAAGCUUAAGUUCAGAUUUAACAAAUGAUUAAACAUUAAGACAUAAAAAACAACCAAAAGGUGACUGUUGCACAAGGAGGACAACAUGAAUUCAUAAAACCAUUGACAGCAGUUUAAACUGUGGGUCAGGUAUGUUGAAUGACAUCCUAAACUGCAGUCUUUGUGACAUGCUGAAUAAAUUUGGAUUUGCAAUCAA